UCUGCAAUGCAAUGCAUCAAAUAAAAAGAGAUGAAAUGCGAGAAUGAACGAAUUUGUAAAAAAGAGACAUGGAUAAUCGAUAAAGAAAUUGAUGUUGAUUAAGAUUAACACAAAAUUGUUGAUACAACGCUAUUCUCAAAUAAACAAAAUUGUUUGAUAACUGGAACCUUUGAAUCCAAACUCAUCGACGUAAAGUGUUUGCACGUGAAAUUUAAAAAAAAAUUCAUUAAUAAAGAGCAUCUACUUGGACUGGAAAUUUUUUGAUCGUAUGGUUAGUUCAGAGUCGAAAGUAACGUUGAGGUUCGGGAAUUGGAACAACUUAAUAGGCACAAUGAUAAUUUGGUUAAUAAUGGACCCAAUGCACUUAGAAAAAGCCAAAAAUAAGUUGUCAAAUAAAAAUAAUAUCACAACCUUUUGAUUCCUGACGAACGGCUAGCAAUCGGCUCAUCUUCGUCUAUAAAUGGAAUCUCGUCCCACAUAUUCAUUUCACUUAAUAAUAUAAAAUAAGAAAAAUUUGUAUGGUAACAAAUUGAUCGAAAUUAAUCGAUAAAAUCAGCUCUUAUGGGAUCAGAGUAAAAAUAAUCGAAUAUGCGUAUUAAAAAUCAUUUAGUUUUUAAAUAUUUUUAUGAUGCAACUGUUAAUCUGCGUUGCUUAAAUUAAUACUAACGUAAAUCCUCGAAAUUUCGCUUUAUGUAUGCCCUCGCAGAUCGAAACCUCUAGAAGGUGGCAUUGAAUAUUAACAAUAAGCAUAAGUUUUUAUUUGGAAAUACAUGUGCACUACAAAACGAUAAUAUUUUUAAUUCGUUUGUCCAGUUUUUCUGCUAUUGUUCUGAACAAUAUUUCAAAUAAUCUCUCACAGAUCGAAACCUCUAGAAGGUGGCAUUGAAUAUUAACGAGCAUAAGUUUUUAUUUGGAAACACAUGUGCACUACAAAACAAUAAUAUUUUUAAUUAGUUUGUCCAGUUUUUCUGCUAUUGUUCUGAACAAUAUUUCAAAAUGAUCUCAACUAAAGCACUAAUAUUUCCAGAAAGAUUGUUAUUGGAAAUAGGAAACAAUCCGUUGCCUGCUCUAUCAUUUUUCACAAUAUAUAUUAUCGCUACUAAACUUCAUGUUUCCCAGCAAUGAUUAUUGGUGAUCAUUAUCUAAUGGAAACCUGAAAAAGUGCUAAAUUUUAAAGGAAAACUUUCGGAUAUUGGGCAAUGAAAGUUUGGCAGACGUUGACGGAUUCACUUAAUUGUUGUCAGCUGUGCACCUUAAUACUGAAAAGAGGGCUUACCUCUGUCAUUAGCUUCUCCAUUUUUUCCACGGAUUGAAGAAUAUCAAUUGAAGUUUCUUGAAUUUCGCCUCGCAUAUGUUGGACAAGUUUGCUUCUAAAUAAAGACCGAAACCUCUAGAACAUGGCAUUGCGAUUAUUUCCAAUCGAGUAUAUAACAUGUUUUUAUCAAUACUCGGAAAUACACGCGCGCUGUAAAAUUGCCUUUUCGUUAUUGUUCAAAUUGUGUUUCAUAAUUAUUUCCAUUGAAGUAACCACUUUAAGAAAAUUUUCUUGGAGACAGGAAACAAUGAAAAGCUUCUUGAAAUGGUUAGUCAUUGUUUCAAGGACCAGUUUUCGUACGUGACAAUUGUUGAUUUCGCUUCGUAUUAUAAUUGUAAUCCAAUAAAUAAUGGAUAAAUCAAUUGGCAGUGAAAUAAGAAGGCUGAUGGAGAAAAAAAAUUGUUUUAAGUCUUAAGACUCGUUAAGAACUCAAGUUUUGGGAAAAUUCCUUUAUUUAUUCUGUCAAGAUUCGAAUAAUAUAAACAGCCCUGCUGCACAACUCAAAAUAAAUGUGAAUUUUCAGUCGUUUUUGAAAGAUCGCCAAAACGUAUCGUCGUGAUAUUUCUUUAUAACGUUAUUGUAUCGUUAUUUCGAGUACGGAACAACCUUAUGUUAACAGCGUAAUCAUUUAGUAUACCAGCAAAAAUCGUCAAAAUGUUAUCUGUACUUUUUGCUAAGUCGCCGAUCUUUUUCUUCCUUACAUUCGGUUCGAUUUGUGCGUACGCUUUAUACGAAAGUACAUCUUCACAUUUUCUACCGCGAAUAAAAAAUGCCAUCGUUUGUGCAACGGCAUACGGCAUAAUUAGAGUAUACGGCUUUACUCUAGUCUCCCUAAUACCGCUGAAACCGUUGAUGAAUUCAGUAGUAUCUUCAUGACUUUUUGGAGCAGCCUCGACGGUAGAGGUGACCCCUUUGGCCUCUUGGUUCCGCCGUACCAACGUACCCGGUCAACGGGUAUCUUUAUUGAAGUGACAGGUUACGAACAAACCUACGCUGUUAUGUACGAAUACACUUUUCCGUUGACUAAAAACCAUCUCCACCUAUGGGAAGACUGCAAUGCUGCUAAUCAACCAAUCCAAACCAAUCCAUGUAUCCUACGAUCAGCAAAAACGUAUGAUCAAACGAGGUUAUGUUUGACACAGUCCACAUGUUCGUACUUUCGUACACGGUCGCUUUUGAGGUUCAUUGUUUACUUGUUGAAACACGCAUUAUUUUGAAAAUGGCAGGAGUCUCCAUCGUAGAAGAUUUAAAUAAAAGUAAAGAAUGUGGAGUUAAAGAUCCUUAUGCAUAUCUCGAUCGUAAAGAUUUCACAUCCGAAAAAUACAAGAUCGAAAUUCGUGGUUUACCAAAAUAUUAUGGUAUCGGCGAGCUGAAAAAAUUUUUGAAUGACAAACUCGAGCUCGGUACGAACAAAGUAAAACCUCCUAAGCGUGGGAGUGGAUGGGUUUAUGUGUGUUUUCGUAGUGAAGAAUCUCGAGAACACGCAAUUACAAUUAUCAACGGUUUGACUUGGAAAAAUUCCAAACUAACCGCACAGGCAGCUAAACCAGCACCAGAUCCUUUCAUCAAGAGGAGAAAUGAAGCUAGAGAAAACUCGUCCAAGCGAUUAAAAACAGAAGAGGAUGAGGAAACUUUGACACCUGCGGAAAGAGUUAAAAACAGCACUACUCCUUUGUGGAAUGUUCCAUAUCAGAAUCAGUUGGAGAUAAAAGUAAAAGAUAUCAAAUCAGUUUUGAUGAGAAUGGGGCAAGAACUACUCAGAGAAAAUAAAGGGUUAUCCCAGUGGGUGGAUCAGCAAAAAUCUUCAUUUCAAGGUUUACCCUGUAAACUUUUACCAAUUUUAAGUGCCGAUGUUACAGACGGAUAUAGAAACAAAUGUGAAUUCACUGUCGGAAAAAGUUGGGAUGGAAAUCAAAUUAUGAUUGGAUUCAGAUUGUCGAGCUACGCUGCCGGAUCCACGGCAGUGGGACCGAUAGACGAGCUUUGCCACAUUCCCGAAAGAAUGAAAUCAGCGGUGAAAAUACUAGAAGAAUUCAUAAGAACUUCUGAAUUGACAGUCUUCAAUCCGGUGGAUCACAGCGGAUAUUGGAGGCAAAUAACAGCGCGUACCACUCGGCUGGAUCAUUUGAUGUUGAUAGUAGGAAUAAAUCCACAGGAUCUAAAAACCGAAGAUUUGAGCAAGCUCAAAAACGAAAUUCGUGAUUUCUUCGAAACGGGAAAUGGCAAACGAGCCCAAGUUACAUCACUUUACUUCCAGACAAUAGGCAAAAAAGAAACCGGUGGAGAAGGUGGUGGCACGAUCGAACAUUUGAGUGGCUCCGAACACAUAGAAGAAUCAUUGCUUGGCAUGACUUUUCGCGUUUCCCCACAAGCCUUUUUCCAAGUGAAUACGUGCGGAGCUGAAGUUUUGUAUAAAGCUGCUAUCGAUCUGGCAGAACCAAAUGAAGAAACAGCGCUGCUCGAUGUUUGUUGCGGCACUGGAACUAUUGGUCUUUGUUUUGCCAAGCAUUGCGGCGAAGUAUUGGGAUUGGAAAUGAUCGGCGAUGCGAUCAAAGACGCCAAGGUAAAUGUCGUGAAAAAUGGAAUUACGAAUUGUGAAUUUUUCAUCGGCAAAGCAGAAGAUAUUUUGAUACCGGUGAUUCAUCGCACAACAAAACCAGACAUUAUUGCUAUCGUAGAUCCACCGCGAGCGGGUUUACACCAAAGAGCUCUGCUGGCGUUACGGAAAGCAAAGAAGCUUCGGAAAGUCAUUUACAUUUCUUGUGAUCCAAAAGCUGCAGUAAGAAAUCUCGUUGAUUUGGCAAGACCGAGUUCUAAACUCUAUCAAGGCGAACCUUUGGUAGCCGUCAAAGCUGUACCAGUUGAUAUGUUUCCUCAUACAAAACAUUGCGAACUCAUUGUUCAAUUGGAGAGAUUGUCUGAAGUGAUGAAAAGCACGGAUGUGUAAAAUAUGACAAAUAUAUUUUUUAAUGUUAA